UGUACGAGCCAAGCCUGUCUCGAUCCACUCUUUCUGGUCUCUAUAUAUACCUUUUCCAACCCCUCGUUCACUUCCCAAUCCAAUUCUUUCUUUUGUAUCGCCAUUUCCUUAGUUCUUAAUUAAUUCUUGCUCUUCUUCUCUCUCUCGAACGGAAUUAAUGGCGGCAGCGGCUUACAGCGACCCCGUAGACGACUCAGCCAAACCCCCCGCGUCGCAAGCGCAGCCACUCCACUCGCCGUGGCAUUCUCCGGUCCCGUACUUGUUCGGCGGCUUAGCGGCCAUGCUGGGCCUCAUCGCUUUUGCCCUCUUAAUCCUCGCCUGCUCUUACUGGAAGCUCUCCGGCUACCUCGAAGGCGACGGUGACGGCGAGCGAAACCUCGAGGCCGGCGACUCCAAACUCGACGACCAAACCCAAAAAACUCCGAUUCCUUACGAGGAGAAAAUCCUGGUGAUCAUGGCCGGACAGGAGAAGCCGACAUUCUUAGCCACUCCGAUGUGGUCGAGCCGGUCAUCUUCCUUCGGGGACAACACCACCACUUGCUGUUCCUGCGACAAGAACGCUAAAUCUGAACUCCAUACGGGAGAGACCACUGUGAAACCAGAGGAAAUCAGCGGCCACGAUCAGGUACAGAGCGAGAACAGGGGAACUACCCCAGAAACCUCACAUGACCAGAGCCAUUAGAUCUUCUUCCUGUCUCUGAUUUUCUUUCUCUUUUAAGCUUCCUCGAAGAAGCUCGUGACACAGAGAUAUUUUUUUCCCCUGACCUUUAUAUUCAGUCAGUUUGGCGCGGGUAUGAACGAGCUUGCAUGUUGAGUGAUUGGGUGGUGCAGAAUCAGAGAUAGACAUAUCAUAUACAUCCAAUUCUCUUCCUUAAAUGUCUAGUGAUAAUUAAUCAAUUCGGGGGCCGUAAAUUCAAUUGAGCUGAAAUCGAAAUCUGGUUCAGUGUUUUUGCUUUUGUUUUUUGUUUUUUGUUUUUAAAUCAGAAUGGGAUGAGAUUUGAAGACUUUGAGAGAUGGAUACGUAUGAGAAAAGUUAAAAAAGAAGCUAGAACUUUGACAUCUGUUUUCUGUGAAUCUGUGGGUCGUGGGAUUGCCAGAUUAGGGAUCGAUGUAUACGUGGAGGGUACGUGUAAAUCUGUUUCUGAUGCGGCGAGAUGAAACUGUUGAAGCAAAGUUUCUUUUAUUUUUUCUUUUUUAUUUAUUUAUUGUAGUCUUCAAUUUUCUGGGUUUCUCUGAGCGCUAUACACAUGAAGAAACGAGCUUGACUUCUUUGAUGCUCAUUAAGUUGAUGAUGUAAUUUCAGGAGGUAAAAAUUAAAUAUGAACCUUAUGCUGGAUGAAUCAAUUUCCUUGUCCC